CAAAGAAGACAAUUAUGAAGAAGAAGAAGAAGAAGGUUAAAAAAUCGACCCUAAGAAAGUUUUCUAAAGGUACUCAAACCAACUUCAUACAUGAUGUUAGUAAUAUCGCAAGACCUCUGCAUAAUUCCAUCAUACGAUAUAAUGUGGCACUAAGGAAUUCGUUUCAGUUCCUUGUUGACGGCACCUAUUGCUUGAGCUGUGGCUCUGACAAGAAGAUUAAGCUGUGGAAUCCGGUCUCGGGACUACUCCUAAAAACCUACGGUGGACAUGCGGACGAGGUGACGGAUGCGGCGGGCAGCUGUGACAGCAGCUACAUCGUUUCGGCCAGCCUGGACAAGAGCAUCAUCUACUGGGACGUGUCCACAGGAACCCCCGUAAGACGCCUGCGUGGCCAUGCCGGUGGUGUGCGCUGCGUCUGCUUCAACGAGGACUCCACGGUGGCUAUUUCCGGAGGUCGGGACAACGCUGUCAUAUGCUGGGACAUUCGAACACGACGCCUCGAUCCCGUCCAGGUGAUGAAAGAGGCACGCGAUUGCAUCACCACUGUGCUAACCAACGAGAACAAGAUCUAUGCUGCCUCCCUGGAUGGUUGUGUUCGGACCUACGACAUCCGUGUGGGUGAACUCACCUGCGACAAGGUGGGCGAACCCAUCACCUAUCUGAGUCAGACGCGUGACGAACAGUGCCUGGUGGCUGGCUGUCAGGAUAGUGUGGUGCGACUGCUCGACUGCGAGACUGGAGGUUUGCUCUCCGAGUACAAGGGCCAUCGGGGCGAUGACUAUCACAUCGAAUGCGGAAUACUGGCCAACGAUGCUCACAUUGUGUCUGGAUCCAGUGACGGUGAUGCUCUGAUUUGGGACCUGCUUGAAGGCAAAGUUCUGCAACGUAUUCGUAUUAGCGAUAAUGGUGGUGUUGUACACUCGCUGGCCACUCAUCCCAAGCGACAGGAGCUGCUCUUUGCCAGGCGUAGGGACAUGUACGUCUUUUCUGCUGAUUUGCAAAUCGAAGAGGAGCAAUUGUAGUCUAUAUUAUUUAUAUAUUAUAAUGUAAGAUCAGGCUAGUGGUAAAGAUAUAGAGAAGAUUGUAAACAUAUAAACCAGAACACAAUGUACACUAUAAGAAUAAAUACCUCGUAUUUUAAUUA